CAAGUACUCCUUGCAAUCGCAGCCCUCUUGUCCGUGUCAGCCAAUGCAGCAGGCUGUCAGCUUUCAGCUUACUCAUGCCUCGCCUCGAACACGGCGGCCUCUGCAUACUGCACCUCAGCACUCGGCGUUGCAACAGAGGCAAUUGUCACAUCUUUGGAUGUUAUAGUAAGAACGACGACACCCUCUGAUGUUCCUACCAGCACAGUCACCAUCACUUCCACCAAGUCAAUCGUCUCCAAGAGCACUACAACAACAUUCACGACACCUUCAGCCAAGACGACGGGUAGAAGACGCAGGAGAGCAGAAUCAUGCGGUACAGCCGAGGAUAUCCUGUCUGGAUUGGACAAGUCGGAGCUGUCAGAAGCAUGCUCCUGUAUUGGAGCGCUGCCGUCCGUUGAAGCUGCCCUCCUGGAGGCAGCACCAUCGACCACGACAAUAACCGGCGAAGUAUGGUUCACAGUCGCUCCUGAGGUCACGGCCUCGAUCACACAGACUGUAUCGACUCUGUCUGUCUCGACUGUCAAGAUGGCAGCACCUUCAUUCACUCAAGUCUGGGGACCAAAAGCUGGCUGUGAUGAUGUAGGGCAGAAGUCUGUGCAAACGUUCAUGCUCGCAACCAUGAACGAGUCUCAAGUCACAGAGAUAUGUAAAGCUACGUGUAUANGAACUCUCGACCUGCGUCUUCUUUCGAUAUACCCAGCAAACCACUUUUGGAACUGCUACUACAACAACCACACAUUUGAUGAGAAGAGAGAUCUCAACUGCAGUAAAGACGAAUCGAUUUGGGGUACGGCUAAAGGUUACAGGUAA